AUGUGGCUUCCGGGUCUGCUUAAGCCAGCGGCAACUGGGCCGGCACUUCGCGGCCUCCCUCGAAGCGGAGGUUCCGUCCGGCGUCUGGCGGCACCCCGCCGCGGAAGCGCCGUUGACAGCUACAAGAAAGUGGCAGUUCUUUGCUCCACCUGUGGUGAGCUUUUGGUGAAGAUGUACUUGGAGAGGGUCGCCGAGGAUCCCCACGACAUCCUUGGUUUCGAAGGGCGCAUACCGGCAUGUGGCGAAAACCAGGAGCUUGCCUGCCCGUCCUGCCAUCGCAGCUUCUGCAGAGGGCCGCGGCUGGUGAAGGGGCGCCCAGCAUGGAAGAUGAUUUCUGGGCGAGUCCGAAUGAAGUAG